AUGGCGAGUGUGAGUUCUGGUGGCUCUUCACCCGACGACAACUUGUCCAACGACAGCAUCGAUGUCGUCCUUCAAGACGUUCAAAUUCAAACUGAAAACGAUGCAGAUGAUUUCAGAUCAUUGAUGGAUGAGAUUGGCAUAGUGGAAGGUGAUCAUGAUGAACCUAAUGAAAAUUUGAAAAGUAAAGUUUGGCAGUACUUCACCACUGAUGGGACAAGUAGAAGCAAAGCCACGUGUAAGCUCUGCGAAAAACUUAUAGACCGCUCGUGUGGGUCUACGACAAAUAUGAUUCGUCAUCUUCGAAAUGUCCACAAGAAGGACCCUGGCUGUGCAUCUGGCAGAAAAUCGUCGGGGCAAAAACGACAACAACGUGUCUCAACUAAAGAAAAUCUCCGCCUGGAUCGUCUGUUUGCCAUGUUGGUGUGUGCCGAUUACCAGCCUUUCAGCAUGAGUGACAGCGUGGCUUUUCGAAACUUCGUCCGUGCAUUGAAUCAGUCAUGGACACCACCUUCCAGAACUGCAGUCAGCGAAUGCCUAGUUCCGGCGCUGGCCAAAGAAAUAGAAGAAAGGUUGAUAGAUCUUCUGAAGAAAGUUGACGACAUCUCUCUCACAACUGAUGCCUGGACUUCUAAGGCAACGGAAAAUUUUGAAGCACUUACGGGCCACUUCAUUGACGAAGAUUUCAAGUUCCAAUCGGUGACUAUAGGCAUCGAACAACUACUGGAUCAAACAGCCGCAGGCCAUGCGCAACUAAUUCGGAAUCUGCUUGCCAAACACGAGGGCUUGCUUGAAAAAGUACGAUCUCUUACAAGUGACAAUGCCAGUGUCAUGAAGUUAACCGCUAAAUUGCUUAACUUGGAAUGGUUUGGAUGUUUCCCACAUACUGUCAAUUUAGUCGUUAAGGACGGUUUGAAGAUUGCGCAAUGCGUUGCUCUGUUAUCCAGCAUUCGUACAACUGUUUCAUAUUUCAAGCGGAGCAGCAAAGCCAUGGCGAGACUACAUGAUGUGCAGCGGCAAUUGAAUCUUCCUCUACAUCGCCUCAUACGCGAUUGUGAGACUCGCUGGUCUUCAACUUACGAUAUGAUUGCCCGUUACAUUGAGCAAUUUCCAGCAAUCCAGCUUGUUUGUAGUGAAGAAGCCUUUCUCCACCCAACCCUGUCUGCAGUUGAUCUACAGGAACUCAAGAAGCUUAGAGAUUUGCUGAAACCUUUCGCUGAAAUAACUACACUGAUGUCGUCGGAAACGAACGUUACUGCUUCUUCGAUAAUUUACUACUCAAAUCAGCUGAUGAAAGCUGCAGCAUUUGGAAACUUGACAUCAUCAGAUUACCCGGUUUCGGCCGCAGUUGCAAGUGCCAUGCGUGCUUCAAUGAUCUCAAGGAAGUUUGACCAUAACCAAUUCAGCCGUAUUUUGCGAAUGUGCACGAUAUUAGAUCCACGAUUCAAGACUCAUACUUUUUCAAAUGCAAUCACCAUCAAUGAGGCGAAGCACGCCCUUUACGAGGCUGCUGCAAACGUUCAUCCAGAAGAAGAAGAGACGGUCGCAUAUGAAGUUACAGGUUCGCUUUUCGACGACCUUGAUCGGGCUGUCUGCAUAUCAAAAGUUACGGCUCACGCACAAACUGCUUCGAGGAAUGAAGUUGACAACUAUUUAUCUGAGACAACCCUCGGCCAUCAACUUGAUCCAUUGGAAUGGUGGAAGGAGAGACGGGAUAGAUAUCCACGUCUGGUGGUCCUCGUGCGCAGAUAUCUUUGCAUCAUCAUGAAUUCUGUGCCAUGUGAACGUAUAUUUAGCAAGAUGGGUUUAGUUGUAACCGAUCGAAGAACAAAUCUAACUGCCGAAAAGGCUUCACUGGUUGGCGUUGUGGCUUCUAAUCUUAAACAUCUUGAAAGUAAUUAA